GAUCUUAGGGAAUAGUUAGGAUCGGAACUGAAGAGAGCAGGGAGCUAACCGGUGGAGGAAAUGGCAGCGCUAGUACAAAUUCCGUACGAUGCGGCUGUGCGAGCUGUGCUCGUCUCUCUCGAGAAAAACCUCUUGCCGGACGCCGUCGUACGCCGGCUGACGCGUGUCCUCCUCGCCGCCCGCCUCCGCCAGGGCUACCUCUCCUCCGCCCAUCUUCAGCUCUCCCAACUCCUACGAUUUAAGAACGCUCUGGAAGACAUGCCAAUAGCUAUGGAAACUGAUAAGGCCAAAUCACAGCAUUAUGAGCUACCGACAUCAUUUUUCAAACUUGUUCUUGGGAAGAAUCUCAAAUAUAGCUGUUGUUACUUUGAAGAAAGCACAAGCACACUAGAGGAUGCUGAGGUUGCAAUGUUCGAUCUGUAUUGUGAAAGAGCUCAGGUUGAAGAUGGGCAAUCGAUCCUUGACUUAGGAUGUGGCUGGGGUUCUCUCUCCUUAUAUCUUGCAAAGAAAUACAAAAAUUGCAAAAUUACAGGGAUAUGCAAUUCAAAAACGCAGAAAGCUUAUAUUGAUGAGCAGUGCAGGGAACUUCAGCUCUUGAACGUAGAUAUCAUUGUUGCAGACAUUAGCAAACAUGAAAUGGAUGCAUCUUUUGACAGAAUUAUAUCUAUAGAGAUGUUCGAGCACAUGAAGAACUACAAGGCACUUCUCAACAAAAUAUCUAAGUGGAUGAAGCCUGAAAGUCUACUUUUUGUUCAUCAUUUUUGCCACAAAGCAUUCGCUUACCAUUUCGAGGAUGUAAAUGAUGAUGACUGGAUUACAAGAUAUUUUUUCAGUGGUGGAACAAUGCCAUCUUCUAACCUGCUACUAUACUUCCAGGAUGAUGUUUCUGUGGUCAACCAUUGGCUUAUUAGUGGUAUACACUAUUCAAGGACAAGUGAAGAAUGGCUUAAGAGAAUGGAUAAGCAGUCAGAUGCUAUAAGACCCAUUAUGGAGUCUACUUAUGGGAAGGAUUCAGCCAGGAAAUGGACUGCUUAUUGGAGAACUUUCUUCAUUUCAGUUGCAGAGCUUUUUGCUUACAACAGUGGAGAUGAAUGGAUGGUUGCUAAUUUCCUCUUUAAAAAGAAGUGAACUUACAGAUUCUAAGGACCAAAAUCUGCAGCUUUAUCUUCUAAUGAGCUAAUGGACAAACUCCAGCUUAGUUUCAGCUCGCUACUAUGUAUUAAAAGUAUUGUUUCAUUUAUUAUUAAUAAUCACUCGAAGCACAACUGGUAACUGAAAUUAUAAGGCUUCGUUUGGGACGGCUUUUUUAUGCUUUUUAAAGCAAUUUUUUAGUAAAAAAAAAUAUUUUUUUACCAUAAAGCUAUUUUAAGCAGCAGUAAGAAAGUAGUCUUAAACGAAGCAUAUAUAUAGCAAAGCUCAAUUGAGCGCAUUUUUUUAUAAUUUUA